GCAGUGUGUCCCUGAGACUGCGCUUUCGUCUCGCUUUUUCCUCUUCCCGGAAAAAGAAAAUCAGAGACUUUUUCCUUUCCAUUUUCCACCGAGUGGAGCAGGACCGGAUCGUUUCCUUCGUCGCCAAAAGCCAAACCCUAGAAAAGCCAAACCCUGCAGAUCUCUAGCUCAGAUUCCUCUCUUCCUUUGCGUCAGUUUGAGACGUUGCUGGACCCCAUCGGUGGAGAAAUGGGCGAGGAAGUGAAGAUGAGCGAGUGUGCGGUCGAACCCCGCGACGACGGCGGUGUCGGUGGAGAUGGCGAAGUGGACGACGAGGAUCGGGUCAUCGAGUGGGAAUUCGGCCUUCCCAGUUCCAACGAUUUGACGCCGUUGUGUCAGGCGUUGAUUCCGCCCGAGCUGGCGUCCGCAUUCAGCAUCGCGCCGGAGCCUUCGAGAACCGCCGUCGACGUCAAUCGCGCGUCGCGGAGCACGUUGACGGGCUUGCACGGCAACAGCGCGUCUUCGCAAGGUUUUUCCACCAACGAUAAUUUCAAGUCCUUUGUUGAUAAUCAUCAGAGCGAGGAGGAGGAGGAGGAGGAGGAGGAGGAGGAGGAUGGUGCUGAUAAAUCGGAUUCAAGGAAAUCGAGGAGGAUUGAGAUGGCCGAAGAGGUGGAUUCCACUCCGAGGAUGGAUAAUUCGCCGGAAGAUCCGUCGGGGAGGACAUUAAAGAGGCCACGGCUGGUUUGGACACCUCAAUUGCACAAGAGGUUUGUCGACGUGGUUUCCCAUUUAGGGAUAAAGAAUGCAGUGCCGAAGACAAUUAUGCAGUUGAUGAAUGUUGAGGGAUUGACUAGGGAAAAUGUGGCGAGUCAUCUGCAGAAGUAUAGGCUUUACUUGAAGAGGAUGCAGGGGAUGUCAAGUGAAGGACCUUCGUCGCACGAUCAAUUGUUUGCCUCGACACCGGUACCGCAUAGCUUGGAUGAUGUUGCAGGCAAUAGUGGUCAUGGUAAUGGGCAGAUGCCAAUGCCUAUACCAAUGCCUUACGGAUCACAGCCGCCCGUGAUGCCUAUCCCAGUUUAUGCGACGGGGCAUGGUUAUGGACACAUGAGAAUGCAAGUUGGUAAUUUAUCUGGGUUGGAGUCAAAUCAAUACGCAAUGCAACAGAGAGAUUGGUCCAGUAAUAAGUAUGGUCCGGUUGCUUCCUACCCACAGCCCGCUUUGAAUGAGAGACGACUCUAGUGGAGUUUAUCGAAGAUAAACAAAGCUUGGAAGUCUUUGGUCGCCUCGUCAACUUCUCCAGCUGUUCUGUCUCAAAAAGUGCUGCAUAAGGAUUCUCAUUCCAGACCGGUAAACCACAGUGAGUCUACACUCCAGCUUCGAGAUCUAGGCUCUUUUCAAUAAAUUAAUUCCUUGAACUUGGAUUCUUGAAAAGAGAAAGAGGCUAGGACCACUUUUUGCAAGAGGCUUUCUUCUUCAUACAUGCGUUGCGUCCUCAGCUGGAUUUGGCAGUAGCCUGGAUCGGACAAACCAAUAGAGAUUGAGUAGUAAGGCUUCGACAAUUUCCUGGAGGCUCAUACUCAUAGUCACAGGACAACCAAAAAAGAGAGCGCAUGCGGAGAUUUUUCAGGUGAUGGGAAGAUCUGACCAAAAGAAUUGUUAUUCUUCCCAGGAUUGUGUAAGGUUGGAAUUUAUUCCUUUCGACAGAAUAAGUGGGGCUGAGAACUGUUGGCCGUGUUGCCGCAUUCCUCUUAUGUGUCAUCAUAGUUAAAGUUCGGGGAGAGAACUGCGAGGCUUCUUAUUUGGCUAUAAAGAAGCUUCACGCUUGUUUGAAUCUUCGGAUAGGAUUUUUCAUUUGACUGAUUGGAACCAGAGAAAAUCUCUAGUAAGAACGUCAUAGUUAUAU